AUGAGAGCGAGAUUGGUGGUGUUCCCGAUUAAAGGGAAGACCUGGUGUUUCAGCAGAUCUGUUGAUCCUUUCGCCGCUCAAUCGCCGUCCGGUGUUACUCCGACCACUCUACGAGGUUUAUGGAAGAAACUAUCAUCCGAAUCGCAACCCAUCAAUGCCAACGCAGAGCUUCUCGUCGAUUUCAUCUCUGACAAGAUGAAUAAAGCUUGGAUGGGUAUUGAGAAAGCGCCUCAAGGGUCAAUGAAGAACAAGCUUCAUGGGAUUGGUUUGAAGCUUCUGGCUCGUGUUAAGCCGUCUGAGAUUUUCUUGAAGUCUAUAUCUAAGGAGGUCACUUCUGUACAAAUCAAUUACCCUACAAGUUUAGAUCCUAGACUUGUACGCAGGAGGCUACACCACAUUGCCAUGAGUGGAACAAUCCUGCACAAGAAGUACCUGAUUGGUUCAGUAACUUUGCUUCCAUUGACCAGUGCAUUUAUGGUAUUGCCAUUACCAAACAUAGCAUUCUUCUGGGUCUUAUUCCGCACAUAUUCUCACUGGCGAGCUCUUCAGGGAAGUGAGAAGCUGCUUAAGCUCAUCUCAAACGGGUCAACUCCUGAGAAACCAGACUCAACUGAUGAUGCAAAUGAAAGCAAGAACGAGAACAACAACAACAGCAAACCGGAACAGAAAUCUCUAUCUCCAACAUGUGUUUUGCUGCCAUCGGAAGAGUUGUAUCAACUACUUCGUGAGGCUAACGAGGAAGAAGGGCUCAGCGAGGAGAUCAUACUAAAGAUUUGCGAAUCCUUUGAUCUCAACAAGAUUGAUGUUCUUAAAUAUCGUAAUCUAGUCUAA